AGCUGAACCAUGCAGAAUACGGAGCAGGCUUGUAUCAUAAUAACUUAAUUGUGUGUUUGUUACCGUGGUACUCUGGUGUGAUCCAAAACUAAUGUUGUUUUUCACAACUAUAGUACACGCCCCGUGUGAUCCUGGUCACACAUUGGCCAAUAAAUCGCCUUCUUUAGAGAGGCGUUUACUGAUUGGCUACAAAUCUCCACAUUACACAAUCUGUUUCGUAAAAAGUAUGCAUUUACAUUGUGUAAGGCAAAAAAAAAAACUACAGUCAGAUUAUAUAAAACUGCGUCGUGAAUACUGAGGUGAAGUCAGAUCAGUAUCAUCAGACAUCUUUAGGCACCGACACGGUUGCAGUAAUGUGGGGCUCAGGCUUGCUGCUGUUGCUGGUCACUCUCUGGCAUCAGUGUGAUGCUCAACCGAUGCUCCAGGAGGUAACGCAGACAAUGUUCCCUCCGGAUAGUCUGAACAACCCCACACAACUCAACUAUGGUAUGGCUGUGACAGAUGUGGAUGGUGAUGGUGACCUGGAAGUGGUGGUGGCAGGGUACAAUGGACCCAAUCUAGUGCUGAAGUACGACCGCACCCAAAGCAAGCUGGUAAACAUUGCUGUUGAUGACAUUAACUCACCAUAUUAUGCACUGAGGGACAGAGGAGGAAAUGCUAUUGGAGUUACUGCCUGUGAUGUGGACGGAGAUGGACGAGAGGAGAUCUAUUUCCUUAAUACAAAUAAUGCCUACUCGGGAAUGGCAACCUAUUCAGACAAGCUCUUCAAGUUUCGUAAUGGUCGAUAUGAAGACUUGCUCAGUGAUGAACUCAAUGUACGCCGUGGGGCUGCUUCUCGCAUGGCAGGACGUUCAGUCGCAUGUAUCGACAGAAAGGGAACGGGUCGAUAUGCUGUUUAUGUGGCAAACUACGCCCGAGGAGGCGUCGGGCCCCACGCUCUCUUGGAAAUGGACGAGGCUGCCAGUGAUCUCUCCAGAGGAGUCGUUGCUCUGUCUAAUGUGGCUGCUGAGGCUCGUGUCAACAGGCUCACAGGUGGCCGCGGCGUGGUUGUUGGACCGAUCCUGAGCCAGAUGAGGUCUGACGUCUUCUGUGACAAUGAGAACGGACCCAACUUCCUGUUCAAGAACAAUGGAGAUGGAACCUUUACCGACAUGGCCGCACAAGCAGGUGUGCUGGACCGGAACCAGCAUGGCAGAGGAGUAGCGCUCGCUGACUUCAAUGGUGAUGGAAAGACGGACAUCGUCUAUGGCAACUGGAACGGCCCACACCGACUCUACCUGCAGACCAGCGACUCCAAAUUUCGGGAUGUUGCUACUGCAGCAUUUGCUGAGCCCUCACCGAUUCGCACCGUCAUUGCUGCUGACUUUGAUAACGACAAGGAGUUGGAGGUGUUCUUUAACAAUAUUGCCUACAGAGGAAACGCUCCUAACAGGCUGUUCAGGGUGACGAGGAGAACUAAUGCAGACCCUCUGAUCCAGGAGCUCAAUGUGGGAGAUGCUGCUGAGCCACACGGGAGAGGAACAGGCGGCACCGUGACGGACCUGGAUGGGGAUGGACAGCUGGACCUGCUGCUGGCACAUGGGGAGAGCGCCCAGCAGCCAAUCUCCGUGUUCAAGGUCACACAGGGCUCAUCCAACAACUGGUUGCGCGUCAUUCCUCGUACCCGGUUUGGGGCUUUUGCUCGCGGCGCCAAGGUGACGGCCUUCACCAGCCAGAGUGGAGCUCUCACUCGCAUCAUUGACGGAGGCUCCGGGUAUCUGUGUGAGAUGGAGCCUGUGGCCCACUUCGGUUUAGGAACUGAUGAGGUGAAGGUACUUGAGGUCUCCUGGCCUGAUGGCACAACCAUGACCCGAGCUGUGGAGGCUGGGGAGAAGAACUCGGUGGUGGAAGUGUCCUAUCCCACAGGAGAGGAAAUGUCCGUGCUUGCCAACGACACGCAGUGUGGUUCUGGUUUUACUGUAAAGGACGGCCGCUGUGCGGGUAUUUGAGGAAAAUUUCAUGAAAAGCUAUAAAGAGUUGCUGUGGUGUGCACUAAUGUUGCAGAGAACAUGGCUUUAGCUUUAAAAGUCUUUCUGUUUUUUCAAUUUCUUUCUUACUCUAUGAGUAGUUUUAUUAUUUCAUUUUCUUCUGAAGUGUUUGUUUAUGGCCUUAAAUAAACUUAUUUAA